AUGGCGGACGACGCAGCCGAGGACCCUCCCCAGGCCAAGACCCCCAUCGCGAUCAGCAGCAGCCAAAUUUUGCGCGUCGUGACCGCCAACCCGAGGGACGCCGGAUCCUCGGUUCCGCUGAGCGAGGCGCUCAAGCAUCCCGGAUGGACCGAGGCGGUCGCAUCAUCCCCGCUCAGGGAUCACUUUCUGACCGCGAUAACUUACGAUGAGCUGGUCUCCAUCGAGCGCGCCAGGGUGCUGAGCUACCGCGCCGAUAAUAUCGUCACCGUGGACUGCGAUGCGAACGACCCGGCCGGGGAGAUGGAGCACGUGAGCGGCGCCGCGCCCUUCUCCGUGCUGAACACGCCCUCCGAGGGCUGGUCGCACCUCUGGAUCGACGCGCUCGACGGGCUCUUCGACGAGUCCCACAAGCCCCGCACCCUCGCGAUCACCCCGUAUCUCCUGCUGCACGUCACCGUGCUGCCCCAGUACUGGCUCAACGGAGAUUUCGCAGCCGCGAGCCAGGCGCUCAGUCGCGCGUGGAUCCAUCAGGAGCUCGCGUACGGCCGCCUGGACCACGGCGCGCUCCAGAAGCUUUUCCAGAUUUGCCUCGCCAAGCACAAGGAGCAGACCGGCGGCAAGACCUGGAAGGGCACCCGGGCCGAGCUUGAGGGCCCGAGGCUCCUCGCCAGGGUGGUCGGCAAGCGCUGCAGAGCCGCGUUGAGCGAACACGAGGACAUGGUGGAAUCAUCGUGGAGCGCCAUCGAGUGGUUCGCGCGGAGCAACAAGGCUGGCGACGACAUCGCGGUAGAGGUCACCGCCGACGAGACCGACGACGAGUGCGCCAUGCUCCUCUCCGACUACGUCAAGGCGCUGGGCGCCAGGCAGCUCUCGGAUACCGUCGAGAGAAACGUCGCCGCGCUCCUCGAACAGAACCCCGCGCUCGCGUUCAGCGUCGUCAAAUCGUACGCAAACACCAGGAUGUUCGACACCUCGGAGAUGUACGUCGCGUCCCUGGGCGUCGUCGCGGCGGCGUGCGGCCUCGCCCCGAUCGCCGAUCCCCUCGGCGAGUACCGCGAGUCGUUCAGACGCAAGGGUUCAAAACCGCCCCGCAACCCCGACGGGUCGCUGAGGUACACCGUCGACGACGUGGACGUGGACGUCCUCAACGCGAACCACGCGGUGCUGCGCCUGUGCUGGAAGAACCUACUGACGCGAUCGGACGCGUUCGAUGCGAUCCCACCCGCGAUCGUGGGCGUGGGACCGACGGACAGGGCCAAGCUCGACUGGACGCGGUGCCCGCCCGGCGUCGCGACGCUCGGGCUGGGGCCGGUGCCCUCGGACGCCGUCGACGCGUCCGGCGUGUGCCGGCUCGGCGAACACGGGCUCGGGUUCGACAUGUCCACCGAGGGCCCGAAGCCCGCGGACGGGUACUGGCACCAGGGGGAGCUUCGCGGCGUGGCGGACAACCAAGCCCAAGCGGCGGGCGAAGAUGAAGCGGCAAAAGGGGAAGAUUUCUCCGGAAGGGUCGUCGUCGUCGCCGGCGAACACACCAGGGAGAGCCUGGGCGGCGCGCAGUACGUCGGGUUCCACCCGCAGUGCCGGUGGAACGUCAGCUUGGCGGACGUGGAGGCUGAGGAGAAGGAGAGCGCGGAGUUUGAGAGGACGCUGCGAAACUUGUGGCACGCGUGGCUCGCCGAAUACGACGCGGAUGGCUCGGGGACGAUUUCGCUGGAGGAGCUCAAGGCGUUCGCGUCGCUGCCGGAGUGCCCGAGCGGGGACGGGUACAUGCAGAGCCUGUACGAGUGGGCCGCGGGUAACCUCGAGAGCGGGGACCUCGAGGCGGCGUUCAACGAGGUCGACGCGGACGGCUCCGGGGAGAUGGAAUACGAGGAGUUCAGGCUCAUGCUCUCCGCGUGA